CGCCCCGGGGAUGCCUUCAGGUGCCUGACGGCCGGAGGUGGGGUGCGCCCCGCCGACCCGGCCUCCGGGGAGCCCCGAGCCCGGGCCGGGCCCCGCGGCCUGUAGGGGGCAGCGCGAAGCUCCGGAGGCGACGGCCGCGGCAGGACCCCGGAGGUGACCCCGCCGGCACGACGGUCUCCGUGCGGGGAGGCGAGCUCGCCGCACGGGCCACCUCUGAAUCCGAAAGGAAAAAAAAAUAAAAAAUAAAAAGAAGAGAAAAAGCGGAAGAAGCGGCCGAGGCGGCGGCGGCGGCGGGAGGCGGCGAGGAGGAGGGGCCGCGCGCGGCGGCGGCGGGGACGCGGGGACGCGGCUUUGUGCAGGCGGGUCGUGGGGCGCCCAUGGCGGAGUGCGGCCGGGGCGCCGCCGGCGGGGCCCUGCCCACCUCCCCGGGCCCGGCCCUCGGCGCCAAGGGCGCCCUGAAAGCCGGAGCCGGGGAAGGCGGCGGCGGCGGCGCGGGAGGUCGCCUCGGCCACGGGCGGGCGCGCUUUGACAGCGGCGGGGUUUCCAACGGGGACUGCAGCCUCGGCGUGUCCGGGGACGAAGCCCGGGCCAGCCCCGCCAGGGGACCCCUCGGCGUGGCGCUCGCGCGGACCCCGAGCCCUGCCGCGGCUCCUGGCCCCAGGGACAGCAAGCCGGGCGGCCUGCCCCGCCGGAGCAGCAUCAUCAAGGAUGGCACAAAACAGAAAAGAGAGCGGAAGAAAACUGUAUCAUUCAGCAGUAUGCCAACUGAGAAGAAGAUCAGCAGUGCAAGUGACUGUAUCAACUCAAUGGUUGAGGGUUCUGAACUCAAAAAGGUUCGUUCUAACUCCAGGAUUUAUCAUCGGUAUUUUUUGCUGGACGCUGACAUGCAAAGCCUGAGGUGGGAGCCAUCUAAGAAGGAUUCUGAGAAAGCCAAGAUUGAUAUCAAAUCUAUCAAGGAAGUGAGAACAGGGAAGAACACAGAUAUAUUCCGCAGCAAUGGCAUUUCCGAGCAGAUAUCUGAAGAUUGUGCAUUCUCAGUCAUAUAUGGAGAGAAUUAUGAGUCACUUGAUUUGGUUGCCAAUUCUGCAGAUGUUGCGAACAUCUGGGUGACAGGACUCCGAUACCUGAUUUCUUAUGGGAAACAUACACUCGAUAUGUUAGAAAGUAGCCAAGACAACAUGAGGACUUCUUGGGUUUCACAAAUGUUUAGUGAAAUUGAUGUAGAUGACCUUGGACAUAUAACGCUAUGUAAUGCUGUUCAGUGUAUCAGAAACCUCAACCCUGGUUUAAAAACAAGCAAAAUUGAGCUUAAGUUCAAAGAAUUGCAUAAAUCAAAGGACAAAGCUGAUACUGAAAUCACAAAGGAAGAAUUUAUUGAGGUUUUUCAUGAACUUUGUACUAGACCUGAAAUUUACUUCCUUUUAGUUCAGUUUUCAAGCAAUAAAGAAUUCCUUGAUACCAAGGACCUUAUGAUGUUUCUUGAGGCAGAACAGGGUGUAGCGCAUAUAAAUGAGGAAAUAAGCCUUGAAAUUAUUCACAAAUAUGAGCCAUCUAAAGAAGGCCAGGAAAAGGGAUGGCUCUCCAUAGAUGGCUUCACUAAUUACCUGAUGUCUCCUGAUUGUUUGAUAUUUGACCCAGAACAUAAGAAGGUCUGUCAGGAUAUGAAGCAACCUCUGUCUCAUUACUUUAUAAACUCAUCUCAUAAUACAUACUUAAUAGAGGAUCAGUUUCGGGGACCCUCUGACAUCACAGGCUAUAUCCGAGCUCUUAAAAUGGGUUGCAGGAGUGUUGAAUUAGAUGUGUGGGACGGGCCGGAUAAUGAGCCUGUGAUUUACACUGGCCACACCAUGACCUCGCAGAUAGUCUUCCGCAGUGUCAUUGACAUUAUUAACAAGUAUGCAUUCUUUGCCUCUGAGUACCCUCUUAUCUUAUGUUUAGAAAAUCACUGUUCUAUUAAACAACAGAAAGUGAUGGUUCAACACAUGAAGAAAAUUUUAGGAGACAAGCUAUACACAACAUCACCCAACAUGGAGGAAUCUUAUCUACCAUCCCCAGAUGUCCUGAAAGGGAAAAUACUAAUCAAAGCAAAGAAGCUAUCUUCAAGUUGCUCUGGUGUGGAAGGGGAUGUUACUGAUGAAGAUGAAGGAGCAGAAAUGUCUCAGAGGAUGGGGAAAGAGAACGUAGAGCAAUCCAACCAUGUGCCUGUAAAGCGGUUUCAGCUUUGCAAAGAACUGUCUGAACUGGUGAGCAUCUGUAAGUCAGUCCAGUUUAGAGAAUUUCAGGUAUCAUUUCAGGUGCAGAAAUACUGGGAAGUCUGUUCCUUUAAUGAAGUGCUUGCUAGCAAGUAUGCCAAUGAGAACCCUGGGGACUUUGUAAAUUACAAUAAGCGUUUUCUUGCCAGGGUCUUUCCUAGUCCAAUGAGAAUUGACUCUAGUAACAUGAACCCUCAAGAUUUUUGGAAAUGUGGCUGUCAGAUUGUAGCCAUGAACUUUCAGACUCCGGGACUGAUGAUGGACCUGAACAUUGGCUGGUUUAGGCAGAAUGGAAACUGUGGCUAUGUCCUUCGACCAGCCAUCAUGAGGGAAGAAGUCUCCUUCUUCAGCGCCAACACAAAGGACUCUGUCCCUGGAGUUUCACCUCAGUUACUUCACAUCAAAAUCAUAAGUGGCCAGAACUUUCCCAAACCCAAAGGAUCAGGGGCCAAAGGGGAUGUGGUAGAUCCUUACGUCUAUGUGGAAAUCCACGGAAUUCCUGCUGACUGUGCAGAGCAAAGGACAAAAACUGUGAACCAGAACGGAGAUGCUCCCAUUUUUGAUGAAAGCUUUGAAUUUCAAAUCAACCUCCCUGAACUAGCCAUGGUGCGCUUUGUGGUUCUGGAUGAUGACUACAUCGGGGACGAAUUUAUUGGCCAGUACACGAUUCCCUUUGAAUGUUUACAGACGGGCUACCGUCAUGUCCCUCUGCAGUCCUUGACAGGAGAGCUCCUUGCCCAUGCCUCCUUGUUCGUCCAUGUGGCUAUUACUAACAGAAGAGGAGGAGGGAAACCUCACAAAAGGGGCCUUUCUGUGAGAAAAGGGAAGAAGUCCCGGGAAUACGCAUCUCUGAGAACAUUGUGGAUUAAAACUGUAGAUGAGGUAUUCAAGAAUGCCCAGCCCCCCAUACGGGAUGCCACGGACCUGAGAGAGAACAUGCAGAAUGCAGUGGUGUCAUUCAAGGAGCUAUGUGGCCUCUCCUCAGUGGCCAACCUCAUGCAGUGCAUGCUGGCUGUGUCUCCUCGCUUCCUGGGGCCUGACAAUACCCCCCUGGUGGUCUUGAAUCUUAGUGAGCCCUACCCCACCAUGGAGCUGCAGGCCAUAGUGCCUGAGGUUCUGAAGAAGAUUGUCACAACAUAUGACAUGAUGAUACAGUCCCUCAAGGCUCUCAUUGAAAAUGCAGACGCUGUGUACGAAAAGAUCGUGCAUUGUCAGAAGGCAGCCAUGGAAUUUCACGAACACUUGCACAGCAUAGGCACCAAGGAGGGACUAAAGGAACGGAAACUACAGAAGGCGGUGGAGAGCUUUACGUGGAAUAUAACAAUCUUGAAGGGACAAGCAGAUCUUUUGAAAUAUGCUAAGAAUGAGACCUUGGAGAAUCUGAAGCAAAUCCAUUAUGCAGCUGUUUCGUGUGGACUGAACAAACCCGGCACUGAAAACUCUGAGGCCCAGAAGCAGCGCCGGAGCCUAGAAGUCAUCCCUGAAAAAGGCAGUGAUGAAAACGAAGACUAGGGGCCCUCCCCCACUGUGGCGUUCAACCCUAGGACCAGUCACCAACUGCGCUGCACUCACUAAUGAGGAUGAUAUCUGGGAUUUUAAAGCACAACUGGAAUAGCCAAUUGCAGUCCAUUACAGCUGUGACUGUAUGUAGCAAGCCCAGUGUGAAGGCAAAUAAACUCUUUAACAAGAAAUUCUAUCCCUGGCCCAAACAUGCUGUAUUUGUAUUUGUAUUCGAAACGCCCUGAGGUUCACUGUGAAGAACAGGGCAUUUGCUCUAGCUCCAGCGACAGACCGUUCCUGCUGAAAACAGUUCACUCCAGGGGAAAUGGACUGGACUGUUAAAUUCGCAUUUGUUGGUGAAGGGGUGAAGGCGUACUCUCUGUGUGUGCUCCCCGUCAUGGGGCGGUGGAGGAUUUGGUGGCAUGCUUGCUGAGCCAUAUUUACUAAGCAGAAUGUAAGGACCGGGAGCUGAGGACAACAUGCCGUGGGACUGAGGCUGCCCGGCUGAAGAUGCGGGUGUCAGCGCGGGCAGCCGGAAGGAAGCAGCACCAUGUACAUAGUUUUUCACUGUAUGGCGUAGUAUUCACAUUAAAGAUAUCUUUUAUGAUCUUUCUCCAAUAGCGGUACAUGGCUUUAGUGAAACUUUAACUCAUAAAGCAUCUCCUCUUCCAAGAAGCCAAUUACUUGUUAAAUGACUGCUAAAAAUACGUCACCUAAGUCACUGUGUGGCUUUUAGGAUGGUUGUGACAGUUUGCAAUGGUGGCCUAGUGCCUGAUUGUGAUGUAAGCCCGGCUCUACACUGUAGACCUGAAUCACACCUUCGUCAGGGGUGUCUGCAGGAUGAGCAGGAGUAGAGAGGGCGGGCAGGUCUCACUUUGCUGUGGGGCCAGGGAUCACAAAUCUCUGUUCAGUCUGAGAAUGUCUUUCUCCUUCACACUGAGGGGCACCUGCACCGCAUAAAUUUCUAAUCUGAGCUUUUCUUUUCAAAACCGUGACACUUCAGGAUACUUUUGAGGGUUCAAGAACCCUGCAGUCUACUUAAUGCUUCCCACAAACCACGCAUUGUUUCGCUGUGGAAGAACAAGGUUCUGAGUACUCAGUGGGCCUUGCUUUCCAGGCAUGCCCUGGCAGGAUAGGUGGCCUGCGGCUGAGCUCACAGCCCUUUCUCUUGUGGGCCAUGCUGUCACAGUAGCUGCUCCUAAACCCAGUGCUCUGCUCAGGACCUGUCUCCACUGGCCUUUGGCCAGGUGUGAGUCUUGCUGGAAAACUGUUUCUUCAAAGACAACAGAUAAACACCAGUCAGUAGCUAAGGCUCUUAGAAAUGACAAGGAGAAAGAAGUGAAUGGAAAGAGAGUAGAGAGUAAUUUAUAGAAGCAGUAAGUGAUGAGUAGUGUUAGUGGUGGUUCUAAACUUAGCAAAUAGCCGCAGUCAAUUUGAAGUUAAAAAAAAACUCUAGCAAUCAUCUGUCAUGUGACUUAAAGUACAGUAAAACAAGAAUAUAGCUGUAUCUGGAAUAAUGGCGGUUAUCAUGCAACAUGCAAGUCAGAUGUCUGCAAUUGUAAGGCUCCUGUAAUUUGUUGUGGCUUAUGCAGGUCUAGAGUCAGUGAUCUUAGAACUGGAGCGGAAGGUGGGCAUGGACGUGGGGCCCUAGCACUCCCGAGAUGGAGGCAGGCUACACCGGGGAACAGAAAUCUGAGGGAGCUGCUGUUACUCACUCUGACACGUUCCUUUCCGGAUGUGGAAGCUGUGGGUGCCGCAGUCUCCACACUCACUAGGGCCAUGCUGGUGCUAAUUAGCUAAGCUCCUUUUGGUCUCUUUAAUAUGCCAAGUGGUAGAGGAGAGCAGGCAGUGUCAGGAUGUCUUCCCAAGGCAGGCAGUAUCUCCUGUUUGUCUAGUUCCUGCCCCAAGGAAUAGGCCACCCGCCUCUGAGGACAGUGCCAGUCAGCAGAGCCAGAAUCAGGUUCUUCCUCAUUCAAAUGGAAACAAAAGACGUUUGUCAAACUAGACAGAGUCAAGGCUUACUUACAGGCCUCCGGGGAAAGGUCUCGCUGGCUCACUGUGCCUCAAACCUGUGGAGGCCUAUACUCAUCCCACUGACAAACCAAAAUGUGAUUCUGCUUGAUGGUUUGAGAAUCUGUGGGGACACUCAGAGUGGUGUGCAGGUUGGCUUCCCUCAUCAUCCGUCCAUUCAUGGGGACAGCUUGUGACUUACCUUAUAUAGAAAGCCCCAUGGGCUUGACUCUGACAUGUAUGACUGAAUUGUAUGUGUAUAAGCACGUGUGCACACACACACAUACACACGAGUUUUACUCUUUAUUUUGGGGGCUGUGUAAUCCAAGACAGCACAGGAACAACAGGCCAUAGGUAAAUCUUCGCUGAGGACCCAGGAAAAUGAAGAGCUGGACCAAAAUGCACAGAGGGUGACAGAUACCCGCUCAGUCCCAUGGGAACAAAAAGUCACGUUGUAUGUGUGAAUGAAGGCAGGGUAAGGACGAUGUCCUGCCCACAGAGCAAAUUCAGGGGCAUCUGCGAACAUGCUAAGUACCUGCUGCCAACCCCCCACACCGAGUAAACUGAUCCUCCAACCAAGUUUAUCCUGUGGAAAUAUGGCAAGUCCAUCUAUUUUUAUUUUCAUGUUUUCACUUUUGCCAGGUAUAUGGCUUCUGGAUUGUGAAACAGAAGUCAUAGAGACCUAUCAAGCUUACCUCUGCCACCUCAGGGCAGUGUGACCCAGGAGCCUGACUUUGGGGGAGGGGUACAUUCUUCUUAGGCUGGCUGGUAGCAUAAGCAGGAGGUCCUUGUCACCCGCAUGGAGUUGGGCCCCCACACGAGGGAAAGUCACCCAGCUUGCUUAGACUCAGUGUUCUUACUAUACUCACAGCACAGCCCUGCCGCAGCAGAGGAUGCCGUCGUGGACAGGCGAAUCUGCAGUGCUCAGUGGUUGCCUCUGAAGGCAGCAUGAGCAUGAGCGGGCUUUCAUCAGUGGUCUGGAAGUACUUUCUGUUGUUUGCGUUUGUGAAGAAGGAGCUGUGGGUUGAGGCUGUGAGCCAAGGGAUGUGCUCAGGGCACUUUGCUUAUACUAUUUUGUGGUGGCUUAGACCCUAAGUGUCUUCCAAAGGCCUUUGUCUUUCAGGCUCAGUGCCCAGUUUGGACCAUUGGGAGGACUUAAAGAAUUGACAAGUUCUUGAAAGAGAUGCUGGAAUGCUGACCUCUUCCUCUCCCUUUGCCUCCCGAUCACCAAUAAGUGAGCCAUUUCCUGUGAUACAUGCUCUAUGCAGUGAUGUGCCUCCCCACAGUCCCAAAAGCUGGCUUGAGCUGACACCUUCAGACAAAAGCACCUUCCCUUGGAGAGAGGUCAGAGGAUAGGGAAUGGGUUGGGUAACUAGAAGGAGCUUGCAUGUGUGAAGUGCCAGCCUGGGGAGUGUGGCCUGCUGAGGAGCACCAGGGAGGACCACGAGAUGAGGAGGAAGGUGAAGGCUGUGGUGAGGUGGUGACUUAUGAGCCUCCCCAGAGGCUCAGCUCUUCUUCAGGGUAGCCCUGAGGUUUAUAUGUUUAGUCCAUCAUUUUAUUUCUUUCAUGUAAUUAUAAACAAAUGCUCAUUUAAAAAAAAAGUUCCAUUCUGGAAAUAUGUGAGCCAGAGGAGUGGCUCAGCUGUUGAAGGGGCCUGUGUGAGUUCAGUCCUAUGACCCACGUGGUAAAGUGGAGAUCCAGCUCCUGCAGUUGUCCACUGACUUACCCACGCAUUCCAUGGCACAUGCACACAGCAAAUGAGUGUGAAAAUAGUGAAGAAUGUGUGCUUUCACAGGAAUGGUACCUCCAGUUCCUUCAUGGAGAUGCGCAGUUGCCACCAAAAACUGGCUCCUUUCUCUUGUGAAGUUCUGGCUUUAGUCAGUCAUCCAGAGAAGCUAGUGUCCAUUAAGACCAGGACCACCAAGCACAAGAGGACCAAAGCUGCGACUGAAACUGAAAACAGGAAUUCCAUCUUAAGUACAGCUACAGAGGUGGAGAGGAGGUGGGGGCUAAAUUGUGUUUAAAUGUGACUGUUAGAACUUACAGGGAUGGGUAGUAACAGAAGGUCUCUUUAGAUGACUGUACUCUCCAAAAAUAUUACCCAAACGUGAAAAACCGAAGGCUUUUUCAUAUGGACAAAAGCUAGAGGAGUUGAUGGCAUUAUGACGUGGGCAGUUCCAAGGGCAGAAAUGGAUCUGCACAAGGAAUGAGUAGAACCAAAAGCAGUAACCACACAACAAACAUUUUAAAAUUACCAUUACUACUUUAAUCUUUUUAAUAGAGCACUGGCUGUCUUAGAAGAAUGCAUUGUGAGGUGUCUAGAAUGUGCACCAUGACAACAUGGCAUCCUAAGAGGAGAAAUGGGGUGUCUGCCCCAUGCCAGCAGCAUGGAGUCUGUCUUAGGCAGUGUGCUGUUGCUGUGAAAAGACUCCAUGACCUCAACAACUCUUAUAAAGGAGCACAUUUAAUUAGGGCUGGCUUACAGUUUCCAAGGCGCAGUCCAUAAUCAUCAUAGCGGGUGUUGCUUGUUUGUUGACCUACCUGCUGGUACUCAGAUGGGAGAGUGUCCAGGAAGCCCACAUCUCCAAGAAAACAAAUUUGAGUCACUGCACCAAGUGUUGUUGUUCGUUGCAGCUGGGCUGCCUCCCUGAUUGGGUGGGAAGGUGCCCUGAAAACCCACAGCUCCUGGGGCUGGGAAGGUAGCCCAGCGCUGAGGUGGAAUAGUGCCCCAAGGAUAUCCUGAGUCAUAGGAGUCCAGGAAUGUCACAGCUCUGGGGUGGGACAGUGUCCCAAGGGUAUGCUGAGGCACAGGAGCCUAGGAAUCACACAGCUCUGAGAGAAGACCUCCUCAACAAAGAUGUCACAGCUCCCAAGGGAGGGUUGCUGCAACCCUGAUGAGCUGCAGAGCUUUGGAGCCUGAGCUCCACUCCGUGGCUCCACUCCGUCUGAUGGGAGCGUCACAACAGGCAGUAAAUCUCUUAAAAGUUUUAUUGAGGGACACUUCCAGAGGUCUGGGGGAGGAGCUGGGCUGCUGGAGAGUCCUCAGGCAGGGUCUGGCCGCUUUUUUUUUUUUUUUUUUUUUUUUUUUUUUUUGCCUCGAGAGGUUAUAAAGUAUACAGAGUCCAAAAUUUACAGAGUCCACUGUGAAGGCAGCAGGCCAAAGCAGGAAAGCUUGCAGUUGUCAUGGACAGCUCCCAUAGCGGCAGCAGUAGGCGUUCUGGGGCAGGAAAGGUGUUGGUUCUCAUAGCAGUAGGCUGAGGCAGGAAUGGUCACCAUGGACAGCUCUCGCUGAGCCGCUGACAGGAGCCACCAUUUUGUCUCUGGCCUCCACAGGCCCAGGGUGGGAAGGAGGGGCUGGCUGCCCUGAUGUAGGAAGGGGGACUGGCAGCCGCUUGAAAUUGAAUGGCCUGCUUCUCAAGGGCUGGGCAUAGCUUUGGGGGGAGGGAAGGUUUCCAGUGGGCCGCCACAGCUUGGGGAGAGAUCACUACAGCCAGGGGACCAUGUCACGUCACUGCCCCAGGCCCCACCGCAUUGGUGGUGGCCGCUUUGAUCUGGUGGUGACUGCUGCCAUGGCUUUCACCUGGGUGAGGUGCCAAGGCUCAGCCCUGUGGCCACAGCCUUCUCCUUGGCUGAGACAGCAGCCCUCUGCUGUGGCAGCCUUGAUGGCUGCUGUGGGCAGGUCAGGGCUUUGAUGGCCGUCAAAGCCACUGGCUGCUGCAGCAAUGAAAGCUCUACAGUGGGUAGCCUGGCAACACACGGGCAGACAAGGUGCUGGAAAGGGGCUGAGAGUUCUACAUUUGUAACCGCAGGCAGCAGGAAGAGAGACACACACCCUGGGUCUAGCUUGAGUUUCUGAAGCCUGAAGCCCACGCCAAGCGACACACUUCCUCCAACAAAAGCACGCCUGCUCCGGCAAGGCCACACCUCCUAAUUUUUCUCAAGUAGGGUCACUUCCUGAUGACCAAGCAUUCAAAUAUGUGAGCCUGUGGGGGCCAUGGUUAUUCAAAGCACCGCACUCUGCUCCCUGACCCCAGCAGGCCUGUACCCAUAUCUUACGUCUUCCUGUGCUAUCACAGUCUCAACACUGCUUAAAAGUCCAAAGUCUCUCUUGAGACUGUGGGAAUCUUGACUGUAACUCCCUGUCAAAUUGGAAUGAAAGAGCAGAUCGCAUAGUUCACUGGCAUAGAAUAUACAUCAGCAUUGCAAGAGGGAAGAAAGGGAGCACGGGGAGGAAACACUGAACUAAAGCAAGACCUAACCCCAGCCGGCCAAAUUCCAGGGUCUGCAUCCCCAUGUCUGAUGUCAAAGACAACUCCAGAUCUUCAAUUUCUUUCAGCUCUGUUGACUGCCGCCCACUCCCUGUCAGCAGCUCCCCUCUGAUAUCUCCGAUAUAUUGGGCUUUGCAAGGCAAUUCAGGCUUUACCUUCACACAAACGGCCUCGCUGGGGCUCCAUGCAGGGACGCCCCUGGCACAUGCCUGGCCUCAGCGGGAGGUUCCACAACCUUUUCUUGUGGCCUUGAUUCUAAAGCCAGAACCACAAGGCUGAAGCUGCCAAGUUCCUCUGCUUGCUGGGGCUGGAACUGUGGUCCCCUGACUCAGUUUCAUCUGCUUCUGCUUUCUGUUGCCUAAAACGUUGUGUUAUUAUCAUUCCUCCUCACAAGUUGGAAGCUUAGCUGGGUGGGGCCUUCCCCUCAAGCAGGGCCGUUCCGUUUCCUAACCGUGUUGUCUAUUGAAGUGUGCUGUCUUUUGAACACUUUUCCUUUGAAGCCUCUGCUUUCCGGUUCUAACCUGUGCUGCUUGCUCAUAGGCUGCUGCAUUCGUUUGUGUUUGACUCUAUCGCUUUUCACUGGGUUUGGCCCCCUCUAGCCCCGCUUCUAGCCCCGUUUAGCCCCUCCCCCAGCAGUUUCUUCCUUUCUCUGAGUUCAUCGAUCAGGCAGUGUUUAUCAAGGUAGAUUUUCAGUCUUUUAAUGUUCCUAGAUUUUUUUUUCAGAUUUUAUUAAAAGUUUGGCUAGGAAUCUAGCCAUGCUAUGAUUCAUAGAAUCUAGUAGUGCUAUGUUCAAAACCAUUUCGUUUCUGAAUCCUGAAAUCUCACUGCAUUUUCCUCUAGCGUUGAACUCUUUGUAGCUUACUUUUUCCCUAUGUUGGGGAUGUUUUGUUUGCAUUUAUUUUACUUUUUCAGUUCACCAUUGUCGUGGUGAUGUAGACUGGCUUUUUCAUUCAUCUGACCAAAAAAAAAAAAAAAAGAACUUUUUUUUUUCUAUAUUUUUUAAAUGCCUGAAAGCUGAAAGUCUGGAAGUAAUUGGGCUCUUCUCCUGGAAGUCUCACUCCGGGGUGGGUGGAGAGUAGGGGAGAUGAUCUUAGGGAUGGGUGAGGGGGUGCACAGGGUGUUAGGGGAGGGGCCGUCCUCGUGAAUGACAAGGACCCAUGAAGGGAUAUGGGAAAAGCGCUAGGAAAACCAAAAUAGCCCAAAGGACCAAGGUGGGAAGGGACCGAGUGUUUGGUGGGGAGCGCAGCUGGAAGGCAGAUGACUUGGAGAAGCUGGGGUGCCAGCUGAGUUGGCUUCCACCUGAAGGGUGGCUCUGGUAUAGAAAGAGGCAGGCAUGGCAGCAAGGUGCUGCUGUGAGCCACGUGAGCCACAGGGCACUUGGAUUGGUGUGUUACAGCAGAGGCAGGGAAAUACAGUCAGAUUCGGGUGGGCAAUUCAGAUUUCUAGUGGGCACAGCAGGAGAGAACCCAAACUUCCAUUUUGACCUGGGCAGCUAGGUGAGUAGCUGAGGACCUAAUUCGGCAUGGGGAAGGCUUGAGGGAAAGCAGGACUGGAAGACAACAGUAAAAAGUGCUGUUUGGACCUGUACCGAUUGACACGCCGGAUAGGCAACUGAACCUGCUGAGUUCGGCUCAGCUCGAGCAUCAUCAGUGGGUUGCUGCGGUGAAUGCGCUCUGCCGCUGACCCACACCCCAAUACCCAGGGCCCCUUUACUGUGAAAUCUUGUGUGUCUUCAAUUUUAACUUUACCCUACUGCUUAUCUAUUUACACCCGCUCCAAUUCUGCUUAUUCUUUCCACAACUCUCCUUGAUGGACAUACCCUCCUGGAUCAAUCCAGGCAUAGAGUCUCUUCCCUUCCCCCAUUUUCCAGUUGCUUUUGUUCUGUGCCUUGGCUUAAAUUUCUUGAGCUUGCUUUCUAUCAGUUCAUCCUUCCUGUGGCAACCUGCUCUUACUCUGUGGCACUAGGACCCACCUGAGCCCCUGUAAAUUGUUCCUUCUGCAGCGCUUCCUCUCUCAGCGGCUCUGCUCAGCUUGGCCCUUCUCUUGGUACUAGUUUUCCAUUUUAAUUCAGGAGCCAUGGGGCUCAGCUCAUGUUUCUGGAGAAGCAGUACUUCUGAGCACCUUGGAUGCUUGCCGUGCAGGUAUGCCCCCUCUGACCUGCUAGUGAGGAAACUGUUGUACUGUAUGGAGCGUGCUCAUUAACUGCAGGCAAGCUCCUGUCUUCAGUGGCUUUCAACACUGUGAGGUAUAAGCUCUUCUGACAGAAAGCCAAUGACUGCUCAGCAAAUAGCUACUGUCAGCUACAAAUCCUCCAGGACUUUCCAGGUUCUCAAAGACAAGGCGCACAAUAGCUCAGAGCCAGAAACUCACCUGAGAAUGCAGUCUCAAGAGCCUUUCGUGAGAAAGACUGAACUCUGGAGGAAGCUCAGCUACAGUAAGGGCUGGGGAGGGUAUCCAUUACUGGAGCCUCCCUUUCAUCUUCGGGGAAAGGAGGGAAGAAUAACGCUUUGAUGGCUUUAGGGACAGUGUUCGUUCUUGGAGCUCGGUCUGAUGCGUGUUACUAGCCCUUAAGAUCUGAGUACGCCUAUCUGUGUUGUGUAAAUUAAACAGCCUAUACCUGGGUAGGCAUGGCUAGGGUUCCCGGGCUUGGAGAGGACAGAGAGAAUCAUGGGAGACAGAUGACAGGAAGAGAGGAGGAAGGAGGACACCAUGCAAUGGGUUAGUGUGGAGGAAAAAAAACAAACAAACAUGUGGGCCAGGAGGAAGGACCCCAAUGAUAGUGUGAAAAGGCCUGGAUGAAGAAUUUAAGCAAGUACCAUGGGGUUAUGUAUGGAAGGUAGAUCAGAUAUAGAGGAUAUUGAGCCAGGGUAGGUGAACUAUCUGCCCAGCCCAAGGUAACUAAGGUAAUUAUAAAAUCUAACAGGUGUCUGUGUCUUAUUAUUUGUGAUAGUGGGUUAAAUAAUACCACCAUGAUAAUCUUAGGGAUAACAAUAAACAUUAUAAACCAAACACUCUUUUUUUUUUUUUUUAAUUUACUACAACAGCGUGUGAAGAUCUUGUCUUUCCCUCCUAUAUCCAUCAUUGGUUUGUGGCAUUUUCUAUGCCCAGAAAAAAAAUAUGUGAACUCAACAUGAAUGAUAAUUAAUUGGAAGGGCUAAGGGAGGUCAGACUGACUGUAAGCGAGCCAGGCAGGGCCCACGGAGAUGCAGGUGGCCUCACCCAGCCACAGCUCAGAGGCACCCAGAGACCACCUGAAAGACCAAAAGAUAGCAGCGAUCGUUAACACUAUGUAGAGUAGGCGUGGUAUAGCAAGAGCUACCUCGCUGCAUUCUUUCCCGCCUUCCAGUUCCGGGGGGGUACGUGACUUGGCUCACAAUCUGCCUUCCCGCCUUCCCUGUUCUGGGUACGUGACUUAACUACGGCUUUGUUCAAACCACCCAAUCAGAACCCUGUAACUGCUUCUCGCUUCUGUAACCGCGCCUCCUGCUCCCGAGCCCUAUAAAAACCCGUCACCCUAACCGAGAGGCGCGCAAGUCCUCCGAUAGGCUUGGUCGCCCCGGGUACCCGUGUAUCAAAAUAAACCUCUUGCGGCUUGCAUCCGAA